AUGAGCAAGACCCAAAAGAGUUCCGCGCCGCCCUCGCAGGAGCUGGUUGGCUUGGUAUUGCACCUCCAGAAUCAUUGGGGGGGCUCAGGCUUGGGUAUCUCAGAGGCCUCGAUGAUGAUACAGACGAUCGCAGAAUCGGGCGCUGGUAUGGCCGGUGCACAAAGCAUCUAUGCUAAUGUUUAUGCGACGCAAUCUCUUGCCGAGUUUGGUUCGAGAAAGCAGUUGGAGGAGACUGUUCCAAAGAUUGUAUCGGGGGAGUAUAGAGUGUGCUUUAGAGUCGCAGAGCCAAACGUUGGGCAUGAUACACUUCGUCUAGAGACGGUAGCGAAAGAGAACUCUAAGAGUUCAUUCAGCGUUAUAGGCCAGAAGAUUUGGAUAACUUAUGCGCAAGUAGCUUCAAAGAUGAUACUCCUCGUGAUAACUAUACCACUAGAUGGAGCCAAGGAGCCAAGCGAAUGUCUCCCACUUCUUUGCAUUGAUCUCAACUGUAAUCAACCGGGUCUCGAAUUGCGACGGCUCAAGAAAAUGGGUGGCCAAGCUGUCGAUACCAAUGAAGUAUUCUUCAACAACUAUAACAUCCCCUCCUCAUCCCUCAUCGGCGCAAGAAACAAAGGGUUGGAAAGGAUUCUCCACCGAAUGAACGCUGAGUGCUGCCUCCUCGCCGGCGAAGCCCUCGGUCUAGGCUAA